UCUUCGCAAAAAGAAGAGGCAUUAUAUGAAUAAAACCAGUAAAGAGGAGCGCGAAGCAAUGAUCAUCAAGGGGCAAUGGACGCCCGGGGAAGACAGACUAUUAACAGAGCUGGUGGAGAGACAUGGGAUUAAGAAAUGGUCUCAAAUUGCUAAGAUGCUGAAUGGCAGAGUUGGAAAACAAUGCAGAGAAAGAUGGCACAACCAUCUGCGCCCCGACAUUAGGAAAGAAAUGUGGAGCGAAGAAGAGGACAAAAUCCUCAUUGAGGCGCACAAACAGAUCGGAAACCGGUGGGCCGAGAUAGCCAAGAGGCUUCCGGGGAGGACGGAGAACACUAUCAAGAACCACUGGAACGCCACCAAGAGGAAGCGAUACGCGAAGAGAAAACUGACUAGCACUAUCAAUUUGAACGUCAAGGAAUCCUCUGCCAGCAUACCUAUUAAUGAGAGUACUCUGCUGUCCAAAUACAUCAAGAGCAUGGCGAGAUCCUCGGCCGCUGCUUCGGCCGAAAAGAAGAAGGGUAAGUCUGCAGUAGUGUCUGGUGAAUCAAGUCUGCAAAGUUUAGCUGAGUCCGGCGUCUAUCGUCCCCAGCUUGAGAAGGGUAAGAUUGCAGUGGUGAAUGGUGAUAAAUCAACAAGUUUGCAUGAUCUACCUGAGUCCGAAGUCUAUCGUCCCCAGUUCGAGACCAGCCACUACGAUAUGGAAUGGGCGGCUUCGGUGGCGACUGCCGCCGCUGGGAAUGCAAACAAGCAGCUGAACAACUCCAGCGUGGCGGCGACUAUGGGGAGCAUUAGCUCUUAUAUCUCUUCUGACAGAACCAUGUAUCCUGAGUUUAACGGGUACGGGAAUGGGAGUCAUACUGGCAUGCAGACCAAAGAUAAGGUUCGUCUCUCUUUGGAGAUGAACUGUCUUAUGCAGGAGCAGGCUCACUUGAAGAAACCAGAUGUGGAUUUGAUGGAGAUGAUCCGUGGAACUCGCCCUUAAGCCUUUUCGGGCGAGCGAUGGAGGACUUGUCAAGUUGGUCUGGUGUGUUUGCCGUAGCCAGCUAGCUAGUGUUGUUUUAUGGUGCAAUUUAGUAGGAUACAGCGUCCCAGAGGUAGCUAGAGAUCUGGGACUUGAAUAAGAGUUGUGUGUGAUCUGCAAGAACUGGCUUUUGUUUCUAUGUGUGUUAAUUUAGUUUGUGUUUGGUCAUGAAUGUAAGCUUAUUUGUAAGUGUUCUAAUUAGGAGGGUUUCGGACUCUUUGCCAUGUAUAAGCUUUCAGCUCUUUUAUAUGUAAUGGUUAUUUGAAUUA